CAACUUAAGGGUAGGAAAGCCGCACAUGCGCGCCUAUAGGGACGCAAUCGAAUCCAGACUUGGUAACAACGCAAUUGUUAGUGUAGUACUAUCGUAGUGUCGUUCAGCUCUGUCGUGAAGUUGUAAUUCAUCCUCGAUUAAAAUUCGACAUUUAUCGUUGCUAGAGAAUUGCAAAAAUUCGUUCGAUAACGUUCGAACAAUAAAUUUUGUUUGCCGACCAAUUUCGGAGACCAAGUGAGAAAGUUUCGACUGUUGAACGAAUUCUUUGAUCAAAUUCAAGAAGAAGAAGAAGUUCGCGUAAUUAUUUAUAAUUUCUUUUUUCAAUUUUAUAUUAAUAAACGAAAGAUGACACGUGUUUAUUUCGAAAUAAAUUAGAAUUUUGAAAAUAGAUUGAAAGAGACAAUUUGCAGCUUUUUAACUCGGUAAUUAAGAUUGUUAAGACUGUCACUAAAAAUAUAUAGAAGAAAAGUGGCAAGAAACUUGAAAAGACUGUCUAUACAGUUUAAAAAGUUUUCACUGUCUAUAUCGAGUUUAACCAAGUUUCUUUCACAAACCUUUUAUUCUGGAUUUAAUAUUUAUUAUGGGCAAAGGGUUUACGUCAAAAAUUAUAACACGUUUUUAACAUCGCUGUCUCGAUAGAUUGUCUCGAGAAGAAGGAGGACGAGAAAGGCGUAUUAAUAAAGUAUUUCAAGUUUUUGCUCUAAAUUGACUCGACUCAAAAUGGAUAAGAGCCAAGAAUUCUUUAAAACGGCCAAUAUUUGAAGCAAAUGAAGGGCUACACGAACUUGAAACUACACAAUACUUACAUGUGUUAAUCGUUAAUUCAUCGAUCACGAAACAUUAAAUUAUGAAAUCACAGCUGAUUCAUCGAAACUUGAAAUACAUUAAACUUGAUAUCCAGAAAAUCGAUUCGAGCCAACGACGUAGCAUCGCGCGAUCCUUCGCUCAUUAUAAGAACAUUGACGUAAAUUUAUCAUUAUUCCAAUCGUUAAUUCAACUUACAAGAGAUGAGGAUGUAUAGAUAAUAAAAAAUUCCACGUAUGAUCGUAAUCAAGGAAUAAUUAAUGUAAAUCGAUAUCAGUAAUGAUGAAACUUAUCAAUGAAUAAUUGAGUAGAAGAUAUAUAAAUAAAUAUAAAUUUAAAAUCGAUUCGUUAAUAUCAAAAAUCACACGAAACUACCAUCCAUAAAAUAAAAUGAAAUAAAUCUCAAGAUCUCUUAAAAUCACUUGCAUUUUAUUAAAAUUCUGAAUCGAUAAUUCGUCGAGUUCUGAACGAAUCUUUUCUUGGAAUUUUCAAAACGCCAAAAUCGAUUUUUUGAAUCGAUGGAAAUGUGAUAUCUUGUCCAUCGUUAGAACCGAGUCAGAACUCGAAUCGGUGUUAAGUAUAUCGUGGGAAGAGUGAAGAACAAUGGAUCGUAAAGUGGAAGAGUGGCAAUUUGAACGUUGAUUCCUCGAAUGGAACGUGAUAAAUAGUAAUGGGAGGGAUGUUCAGUGUAACGUCGUGUGUCUUCGGUUACAAUCAUGUGAGGAAGAGAAGGGUGUAUACGGCAAGGGUGUUAUUGAAAACAAGAAAGAGGAUGAUGAAUCGCAGGGGCGAUGAAUCGGAGGAUGAAGGAACGAAAGAACAAGGCAGAAAUAUCCAAUCAAGGCAGCUGAAAGCCCGUGGGGUUUCCAUGGACAUGAAAACGUCCUGGGCGGCACAAGAAUUGACGUCCAUCAAUUCCAAUCUGAAUAAUAUGGCCCGCUUCCAACAGAAGCAACUGCAGGAGAAGGAGCAGAAGUUGCUGCAGCUUUACGACCAGCAACAGCAACGAGCUUAUCAGGUGGUGCAACGAGGGAGCCCAGGCUCCAACGGUUCGAAUCAUGCCACGACCACCAUCACGAGCCACCAGCACACCAGCGUCACAAAGAGCUCGAGCAGCAGCCAUGCAACCUCGACCUCGCAAGGUGGAAAGGUGAGGCAGAUGUUCGACGAGAGACGACAAACGACCGUGAAGGGGAUCGACAGAAGUUAUCCGUUGGAGCCGCUCGAGAACAAACCGCGGAAGCAGGCUAACGGAAACGGCGUGCAGAAGAACGGAAAUUUGACGGUGAGCCGGCAAUCCGUGACUGUAAAGCGGGUUGCAAGGGCUGACGUGAACAGCAAUUUGAACGGUGGCAAACCGGUCGCCUCGUAUCACGAGGAAAUCGCUCGAGAAUCGUUCGGCCCACGCCAACACCAGGACGAUGAUGAGUUUGGGAUCGAGAACCGCGUGGCGAGAUAUUCGAAUGGCAACCACAGGGACGAGACGAGCAUGGAGGAAGUUGUGGACCAAGACACGAUAGAAAGGAAUCGUAUGAUGGCGAAACUUCAUCUGAUGGAAUACGACGAGACCCUGAAGCAUCGUGUUAAAAACGAUCUCGAGAGCGAAGAAUUCCCGGAGGAUUUCAUGGUGGAUGUUCCUGACAAGCUUCCGAAACAAAGUGUUGCCAAGAAGUUAUCUCAAGCGGAGGCAAGGUUGGAACGUUUUAAAAACGCCAACGCGAAACGUGGUAACAACGUUACGAAGAGCCAAACUAUCGCCCCGAAGAAACGAUCCGACCCAAUAUUUCCAGCAAAAUCUACCCCCAGAGGGGCCAAGGAUGGAAGACGGAGCGAGGAAGGAAGGAAAACUGUUGGAAGGGCUGUGAUCUCUGAAACGGGGCCACGAUUCUUUUGUAAGGAAUCUGAAAUGUCUGCGACGACUUACGCGAUAGAUUCGAAUACCGCAACGAGAUUGUCGUCCGAAUCGUCGAGAGAGAAAAGUUCGAAAUUCUGUCGCGAAGAAUCCGAGAUGUAUGCUGCGAUCGAGCCAAAGGCUGCGAGAAAAUUAUCUUCUGAAUCCUUUAAGAGUCGAGAGAUACAGGGAGAAUACGAAGGUCCAAAGUUAUCAUUCGACGAAGAGUUUAAAAAGUCCGACUCGAAAACCGGGAGGAAAUUAUCGCCCGGAUCGUCGAGAGGCAGAGGCCAAAGCCCCGAAUUCUUUCGCAAGGAAAAGUGUUCGAUCGAUUCGAAAACUGCGAGGAAAUUAUCUCUACGAUCGUCGAUCAGAGACGAGGCGCGAAGAAAUGAAAAUUCGACGAGAUUCAAAGAAGGAGGCACGAUCGAAAGCGAUGAAUCCGAGAAAUCGGCCGCCGCGAUCGAUUCGACAAUCGUUGAAAAAUUCUCUCCCGAUUUUUCGAAUGUUGGAGAGUCGCGGGGCGACGUGACUAAAUUCUUUUGCCAGGAAAAUGAAAAAUCGGCGACCACUCACGCGACAGACUCGAAGAGCCAUUCGUCUGAUUCGCCCGAUUAUAUGAGAAACACGGAAAGUUUCCUGUUAAAGAUAGGACGAAGGAAUAGAAAGGACAAUAUAAAUGGACAAGUGGAACGAGGCGAAGCAAUUAGAAAAUCCUCCUCCUCGCCAGAAGAUUCGAAAUCUAUUAAAACGAAAUCGUUCGAACGUUUAACGAGAGAAAGGAGUCCUCGAUUUUUGAAUCGCGAGAGGGAAAAAUCGGCCACCACGAUAGGCUUCGACCAAGAACACGCCGCCUGUAAAUCUCCAAGCCUAAUCGAGAAGGAUAUGAAAAAACGUGGAUACGAAAAUGUUGGAGGGAAAUGGCCAGAUUUCACGAGGAAGAGAUCUAACACCAGCCCACAAUUUUUCAGCUCGGACAAAUCUGCCACGAUCGUGAUGGUGACCCCAGAAACGAUUAGAAAAUCGAGAGGGGGGGUCACAGACUCUGAAAGAAAGGAACAAAAUGCUAAAAAGAUCGAAUCGAAACGAAAACCAGCAGCGUUAGAUAGAAACGAAACGAAACAUUCCGUGUCGCGAUUUUUCUCCGAGAAAACUUUAAGAAACGGUGAGCAGGGAAUCGAGGGGAAGAAGCGCGAUUCGUCUCCAUCGAAACACGCGAGAACGCCGAGCCCACUCGCGAAACCGCAGCUCUAUCGUCGCGAGAAAGCUACAAAAACCGAUAGAACGAGGUGUGCUAUCGAUGGAUCCACUCGUCGUCACUCCUCGCCAAGAAGAAUGGCGAACAGUAGAGAGGAAUUCUUCUAUUACGAAGCAAGAUCUUCUAAACGUGCCACGGAUGUACGAUCGAAGGGUGGAAAAUCGAUCGAACGACGAGAAAUUGGGACGAAAUCGAAACCAUCGACGGACGAUGACGAUGAUUUGACCGUUUCCAGGCUCGAUCGUGAAGGAUUCGAGCAUACGCUGCGCUCGACCAAACUGAUUCGCGACACCAUGACGAGCGACGCGAAUCGAGUGGAUCACAGUUUUGGAGCAUCGAUCGAGGAGAGCGGGAAGGAAAUUGGAACCGUGGAAUCGAGUCCAAAAAGUUGCACGUCCGUGGAGGUGGACACGGAGAUACAGGAAAUCACGAUGCCCGAUCAAUACGUAAAACGGGAGCAUUGUCGAGACGCUUGCAACGAAACAAAAUUGGCGGAUAGUGAUAGAUCGAGGAUCGAGAAGCUGUUCACGUAUUCCGUGCGGAAGCCAGUGAAACAGAGAAGAUCGUUGCUCGAGUCGAAUGUCUUCGAGCGAUCGGAGGCGCGGAGACGUGGAGAAAAAUCGAGCCACAAAGAUUUAGCAACGUCGAGCAAGCUUUCGUCCAAGAAGAGGAGCGUAUACGACGCCUCGAAACGCGAAGAGGCAAAGGAGAAAGAUAUUUCGAGGGAACAAACGCCGAGUCCGAGUCAAGUUCGAAAGGGGACUACGAAUAAAACGGAAAAAUAUAACGCACGAGAAUCGAUCGCGAAACGGAAAACCGUGGAACGAGGGAUGAAUCGAGAAGGUGAGGACUCGCCACGGGCUUGCAGGGAAGAUGAAAUUUUGAAAUCGAUGGAGCUGGUUCGCCGAGCCAUGAGAGGGUCGAGCUUUGAAACCGCAUCGGAUGUUGGGUUGAUUGAAGAGGAGCAAAUUGAUAUCACGGCUCGCGAGUCGGCCAUCGAGAGUGGAACCGGUAAGAAUUACGAAAGGACCGACUCGGUGGAAUCGGCUCUCAGACGUUUCGAUUCAAUCGGCACGGAAACCGGCUCGAUUCGAAGCGUGCUGGAACGUAGCGAGGAAUCGAUAAGACAAACGCUCGAUCGAUCGAGCAGCGCCGAGGAAUCUUCGUCGAGGAAAAUUUCGAAGGUUCCAUCUGGUUGCAGGGGAGAUUUGGUUGCGGGGAUACACGAAAAAUAUUUGUCGAAAGCGAGGAUGGAGGAGGAGUCGAAUAUAGGUCGAAUGCCGAGAUCGUGCAAGCGGAAACUUUUCCACGAAUUUUCCGAUUCCGGCGAGGAGACCGAGACGGGGAGCGCGAGAUCGAGGUGCAGCCUCGACUCGGUGAGGACCGUGGAAUGCCUGUGGACGAGGCCCAAUAAUAAGAAGAAAACGCAUUCGGUGAAGAUCGCGGCGACACGCCUCGAAUUCGGCGACGGGAGGGGAGGAGACAAAGGAGAAGCGGGUGAAACGUCAACAGGUGCGGAUCGUUCACUGUUGUCUGUGAAACGGUUGAGAUCGAUCGAGGAUAUACGUAGGUCGAUCGAGGGCGAAAGCAAGUCGGUGAUCGAGUCGGGGACGGGACGGUCGGAGGCCCGUCGAAUAAAUAUCGAUGAUCGUGGUGCGAGUGGAGAGAGGAUGUUUUUGCCCAGGCGGUCGGGGAACGUUGCCGCGGGGAACAAGGGUAUGGGGGAUACGAGCCGUUCGGCUGUAAAGUGUGCGAUGCGUUUCCCCAGGGUGGUGAAAAGUCCGAGCCCGGAAACGAUGAAGACGGCGGAAACGGGCAACCGUGCGAGGAGAAACGUACCACCGUCGCCGUCCAAGAGCCCGGAUACGAUGCCAAGGCGUGUGUCCACCGAGUUGAAAGCUCAAGACACAAAAUCGACGAAACGGGGAACACCUAUGAAAGGCGCGGAGCCAAUUGGAAACAGGAAGACGAUGACAACGACGACGUCGACGAUGUCGACGGCGAACACGAGAAAAUCGACGGAUGUCGUCGAUGGCGCUAUUCUCGAGAAUGGUCUGCAUUUACGAGACCAAACUGCCGAAACGAAAUACGAUAACGACUCACCCACGAUGAAGAAAAGCGACGCUUUUGUCAUCGACUUCGACGAGCAACGGCCGAAGGAAAACGAUGCGCCACUUCCGCGAAAACCUUUUCUACGAAAACAAUCCACCGAAAAACAGAUUACAUCCACGCAAUCACUUCGAACUCCUAUUUCGUCAGUUUCGUCCACCUCUAGUGGCAUUUCCACGCAGAAUCAGACUUCCGUUUAUAGAAGCAGAAUGGCUUCGAGAGCAAAGACGCCAAUUUCCUCUGCAACAACGUACAAAGGGUCGGCAUCUAAAAACGGAGGAGCAGCAGGAGGAGUAGCAGCGAAUGAAACUUUGGUGCCUUGUAAAGCGUGUGGACGUCGAUUCGCCCCAGACCGAGUUGCGCUUCAUGAACAAAUCUGCAUAAAAACAGGUCAAAAGAAGAGGAAGCAAUUCGAUACGAUGAUGUAUCGAGUAAAGGGUACUGAUAUUGAGCCAUUUGUCAAAAAAGGGCUCGUUAAAAAACAGAUGGAGAAAUCGAAGAAACCUGAAGUAAAGUCGAAUUGGCGGCGUAAACACGAGGAUUUCAUUAACGCCAUACGCUCGGCCAAGCAAGUGCAAGCACAUCUGGCCGCAGGAGGCAAGCUCAGCGAUUUGCCACCGCCGCCAGUUAGCGAUAACUGCGAUUACAUUCAGUGUCCCCAUUGCGGAAGAAAAUUCAAUAAGGCUGCCGCCGACCGUCACAUUCCCAAAUGCGAGCACAUGUUGCACAAUAAGCCGAUACAUUCGCGAGCACCGAAACCGAAACGUUAAUUUCUCUCAGACAAAAAAAAAAACAUUUUUUUUUUUACAUCGAACUGGAACAAGAUAGAUUGCCUUUGUAUAUUAAAGAAAAAAGAUUGAAAUAAAGUUUCACGAAAAAAAAAAAAAAAUUAAAAAU